UCGGCGCCUGGAGUACUUCGAGUCCCCGCCAGGCCUCCGGCCCGGCUUCCGCGGUCGCCAUGACGGCGGCCGUGUUCUUCGGCUGCGCCUUCAUUGCCUUCGGGCCUGCGCUGGCCCUCUACAUCUUCACCAUCGCCACUGAGCCGUUGCGCGUCAUCUUCCUCAUCAUCGGAGCUUUUUUCUGGUUGGUAUCUCUGCUGUUUUCGUCCCUUUUUUGGUUCAUGGCAAGAACCAUUACUGACAACAAAGAUGGACCAAUACAGAAAUAUCUGCUGAUCUUGGGAGUGUUAGUCUCCGUCCUUGUCCAAGAAAUGUUUCGAUUUGCAUAUUAUAAACUUUUGAAAAAAGCCAAUGAGGGUUUGAGGAGUAUAAACCCAGAUGAGACAGCACCCUCUAUGCGAUUGCUGGCCUAUGUUUCUGGCUUGGGUUUUGGAAUCAUGAGUGGAGUAUUUUCCUUUGUAAAUACCCUUUCUGACUCCUUGGGACCAGGCACAGUGGGCAUUCAUGGAGACUCUCCUCAGUUCUUCCUAAAUUCAGCUUUCAUGACGCUGGUUAUCAUAUUGCUGCACGUGUUCUGGGGCAUCAUAUUUUUUGAUGGCUGUGAGAAGAAAAAGUGGUCUGCCCUUCUUGUAGUUCUUCUGACCCAUCUGCUGGUGUCAGCCCUGACCUUCAUAAGUCCUCAUUAUGGAAUAAAUCUGGUGUCAACAUAUAUAAUUGUGGUACUCAUGGGCAUUUGGGCAUUCUUUGUUGCUGGCGGCAGCUGCCGAAGCCUGAAACUGUGCCUACUCUGCCAAGACAAGGACUUCCUCCUUUUCAAUCAGCGUUCCAGAUAACCUCUGACAACCAGCACCUGCCAAACACAGUAAAUCAUUAUCCUGCGCUAUGCUAAGAGCCAUAACAGAGAUGAACGGGUUGUUCCAGCCGCAUUGAAAGAGACUGUAAGUCACCUUCAGGGGAACAGGGAAGAUUUCUGGCAUGACAUUAGAGUGGGGUCGUGAAAGAAUUUUCCAGGUGGAAAGCUGAGGGGCAUCACCAGCAAAGGGAGUCGUGUGCAAAAGUAAAUCAUAUGCACAUGUAAAAGCCGUGCUUUGCUAAGGGAGGCCCUGCAGGGCGUGGACGGGUGCCAGGGGGAGAAAUGCCGGAAAGAUAACUGGGGCCACCUCGCCGUGGGUGGGUCCAGCUUUCUGACUUUCCACCUGGUCUGCCCUGUGCCAGAGGCUUGUUUUUAAGGAGCAAGAGAACAUCCACAGUGAGGUUUUUGUUCUCCAUAAUGCUCGGCUUGGGGUAUGCUGAGGAAAGAUGUGGUGUGUUGAAUUGCACUAGAUGAAGGGGCUAGGGACUUCCUAGCACAUUUGACAAUUACUCCUGACUGUUCAGCCCCCUGGAUCCAGGGGAAUUGGAAGGUGGGAACCCCUCUGUCUUUCAUUUGGAUGUCUCAGUAGACUUGAUGAUACUUUCCAUCUAAUAGUUUUUAUUUAAAAAUAGGAACUUUUAGAAACAAGAGGUCAAUAACCACAAAGUAUACAGUCUAGUCUCAAAAAGUAGAUAAUUAGCCAUCUUAGCUUUGUAAGAGUUUUUCCUCUUUUUAAAGGUUUUAUAAAACUCCCCAGGUCUCUAAGGGUCAAGCGGAUUCUAAUUGUGCGACUCCACAGAUUUAGCACGGGUCAAAGCCCUGCCCCACUACUGUCCAGCGCUCUUGUCUAAGAGUGACUCAGCUGGCUCUGGGCUCUGCAGUGGGGAACAUGCAGUUGCUCAGCGAAAGCCCACUAACGCAUGAUUAUAGAAACUCUUUGGCUUCCCCUUGUCCCUCGAGUGUCCCUGGCCCUGGUAUAUUAAAAAUAGGACUAGAUAACAUUAGCAUUUAGGUUCGAUAGGCUCUUGCUUUAUUACCCACCACCGUCAGGACCCAGUGUUGCUAUCUUUAGCUUGGAAGAGGUCAACAUGAAGGAACUAAGAAUCAGGCUCCUGGGCUGUAAAUCUGCCCAUGCCAUCUUUCUCCUUCACAGAGGGCAUCUGACUCCUGUGAGAUCUGGUCUGGUCACAGGAUGUCUCCCCCCUCUCUGGGGUCCCACCUUGAGGGCAAUGACUCUUGUCUCCCCUCUUCAGCUCAAGUCCUCCAUUUGUACCCCUUGGAAGAGGCACUUUCACAAGAGCUUAAAAAAAAAGUGCCUGACAUGACUUUCACCUCUCCAUAAAGAGUGGUCAUUUUAACUAACUGGAGCCCUGAUAAAGGGGUUUGUAUGCUUCUCUUAAGGGUGGCUAGUUCUCGCCUGUCCACUUCUCUUGGCCUUGGACAUAGCCAAUUAUACAAAAAGCAAGUAUAUUCAAAUUCUAAAGGAAGGUAAGGAACAGGGUUUCUCUUGAGUUUGGUUGUUCUACCUUAGUAACCCAACAACCUUUCGGUUUCAAGGGUAGCCAUCACCAAUUUGAAAAUGUCAUCCUGUAAUACAGGAAAGACCAGGGCAUAUGAUAGAAAACUCCAGAAUCCUGUCAUAUAAGUGAAAAAAAAAAAAAAAAUCAGCAUGGGCCUAGGAAAUUCAUCGUGUAAUUCCUGGGUAGUGGUUCUCAAUUUUGCCCCUCAUGCCCUGGAGACAUUUGGCAAUGUCUGGAGACAUUUUUGGCAUUCAAAAGUGGGGGGAUGCUAUAGGCAUCUAGUGGGGAGAGGGCAAUGCAAUGCACAGGACAGCCGCCCAGUGAGAAUUAUCCAGACCAAAAUGUCAAUAGCACCAAGGUGAAGAAACCCUGCCCUAGGGCUAAAUCGUAGACUACCCCUUAAGGACAGAUUACUACCUCUUAAGGACAGAAAUUAAGUUCUUUAUUCCUUUUCUAAGCACAGUUGAGGAAGCAUGGUAAAGUUAAAUGAUUUAGUCCCAGUUGUUCCAAUUUGGCUAAACCUCAGAGCCUACUCUCAAAGUCCUUGCACUUUCUCUCCUAGAGGAUUUCCUUAACAUCACUUUUCUCCUGGCUCAAUGUUCCAACUCCAUAGUUCCUGUUAACUUCCAGAGAAAGCUCUGAAUAAAUCAGGCCCUAAUUACAGGUUUGCCUUAAUGGAAGUUUACAGAUAAUUCGGCAUACUUGCUAAAGGUUCACACUGACACACGCUCACUCCAUAAACCUGAAAUGGCAUGUUAUGGUCUGAGGCCCCUCCAAGUUUGUGUGAGAGCCCUUCAUAAAUGCAGGUGCCCCCGGGGGGUGAGGUUUGGGGCUUCUCUCCUUUGUGGCCGCCCUCCCCAUUGUUCCUUGGGAAACAGCCCCAGUAGCUGCCUGUGUCUUCGAGAAGUGGGAGGGGACAAUUCUAGCCAAGUUUCUAUAAUCAGCCUCCAAAUGAACAGGUUUGCCUUGGACUGCCAGGGUUUCUCACUCCAAGGGGAGAGCUGGGCACAGCCUGGGCUCUUGGAAGCAACAGUUCUGGGUGAGCCGUGCAGGAAGGGCAGUGGCAAAGAUGCAUUUGGGCUUUGAUCUUGAUGCCCUGAGCUUGGAGUUGGUCUCCAGGCUUCUGCUAAGAGGCCCCUCAAGCUCCCCAGCCAGACUGGGAGAGUCUACUGAAGCGCUCUGCUACAAGCCUGACUGCACUGCCCACUCUGUGAGGGCCAACUUAGACCUGAGCUGGUCUAAGAAGAUGGCUAAUUAUUCCCAGUGCCAUAGUCCAUUGUUACAAGUGGAGGUUACUUUGGGAUGUCAGACUCAAGUUCCUGUGUGGUUUCUUCUGAUCCUUUGUAACUGCCCUCAAACACUGUCCCUGCAACGUAAAGUCAGGAUGGGCAGUUGUUAGUAUCCACUUCGAAUCCUAUAGCAUGUUAGCGUUGAAAGGACAUUAGCUCACCUUGUCCAACCUAUCAUUUUAUGGCUAAGGAAACCAAGGCCAAAGAAGGGACAUGAUUUGCUUACAUCAUACAGCAGGGAGGAAACAAAUUGAGGCCUUGAACCUAGGUCUUCUGACUGCAGGGGGAGUCUUUAUGACCGUAUCCCCUGUGACUUAUAUAGACCAAUCCAGAGAAGAGAUCUGAUUAUUAUCUUGAAUCACAAAUAAGAUCUACCUUGUCUAUGUGGGCCAAGUCCCUUAUCUCCAGGUAGUUUUUUUGUUUUGUAUUUUAUUGAAGAGUUGAAGUAUUUUCCAUUUACCCUUGACUACUACUCCAUUUAGAGGAAUGGGAAAAGAGAAAUUUAUAUCCAAACUAGAUCACAAAGGGAUGAUCUGUACAUUUGAGGCGUUUUCCUAGAAAAGAAGUUGACAGUCAUCAUCAUAUAUGUUCUCUGUGUUUAAGAAGGGCUAUUGUUCACAGAUGACGUUUUCAGACCAGGAAACUGAGAAAAAGAGAGAAACUACCUUAACCAGUGGUAUGUGGCAAGGAGAGCACAAAAGAUAAAUUCUUGGGCAGGUCUGAUUAAGUGAUUGACAGGACAUAAUUCUGAUCAUAUAUAUGGGUCAGUGCAAAAGGGCAUGUUUCUAAAGCUUUCUGGCAAGGGCCCUGAAAUACUAUCUUCCUAUGUUUAAGCUUAGUCAGUGGUAGUUAUAAUCUCACACAAUAACAAAGGAACAAGAAGGUGAGACAAGGAGAACUGAUUCUCGGACAAGUGGGUUAAUGGGGUCAUCUUUAGAUAUGAACACCUGGCCCAGUUCCAUCACAAGUGACAUAAGGAGAAAAAGUGGAACUUGCACAGACCUACCUGUUUCUGACCAUGAGAUUCCCGUGUUGGGAGUGGCCCAAGAGUCUACGGUGAGAAAGUGAACUUGGAGGUUUGAAGAAGGGUGUGGACCCCUAGGGUGCUCUCUUACCUGUUUCCCUGAACCCCCAGCUUCCAACAGUAUUGACGGGUAUUGAACAAGUAAAGAUGUUAAAUGUCCUUCUGAGGAGUUAUGGUUACAGAUUUAAGAGGAAGAACGGAGCUUUCAUAGCAUUAGGAAUAAACCAAACUAUUCAGCUUCGUUCAGUAUAGCUCCUGUGUGUGUGUGCUUAGGCAAGCUUAAGGAGAUGAGACAAAAAGGCAGUGAAUGCAGACGCUUUCUUGCCUGAUGGGUCCUGCUACAUCAGACCAUGAGCUACUUAUGCCCACAAAUGUAGAUUAUGCCCACUCUCUGAAAGCUUAACGAAGGAGCAUCCCUGGACGUUGGUGAUGCUGAUGGUGCUAUGAAUCACCUGGUGAGGCUGAAGAUGGGCCUUGAUGCCAGGAAAGCCUACGGCAAGAAGUUAGGAGUUUGUCUCGUGAAAACAGUCCUACCAUGUGUCUUAGGAGACGUAGUUCUCUGACAGAGAGGACCCCAGAACAUCCUCUCUUCCCCAUCUGUGAGAGACUCCCAGACUUAAUGGGGGCUCCGGUCCAGGCACCAAGAAGCCCUGGCUGGUGCUUCCCUGCAAAGGCUCAGGGAAGUCAAGAGCAGUGGAGGGAGACCUCAGUAAACCCACACACAAUAGCUUCUUGCAUACUUGGUUCCCUUGGCAGCCAGAGUGCUCUGAACCCACCCCCUAAGGGUAUCAGUGACAAAGCCCGAGGGUAGGGCACCCGACUGCAGAUAAAAUGGGUGUCCUGGCACCAUACACCCCCCACACACCGCGUCUUCUCACCUUGUCGGAAAGAGAUAUACACCAGCCUCUCGUCAAAGUUCUGGACCCGCCGGAAAUUGUUGACCAUCUCUCUGGGGGAUGGGUCAUCCACAUGUGUGCAGUACAGAGCAGUCUCCAAAGCUAGCAGCUGCAAGGCAGGAACACACCCCAUGGGCAAAGUGAUGCUCCCUUGCCUGACCUCAGUGGGGAGGAGAACUCUGGGGCUUGGCAGGAGGCACGUCAGAAAGCAGUGGGAAAGCCAGAGAACUGUUUCCCCUCCCUCAAAGGCGUCUGGUUGCCUGGACACCGGGUCAGCUGGUCUGUCACCACCUCCCAAGGCUUGGGGGGAGGUUACAGCUCUUAGCUGCUGGGUGGUGGAGGGGCUCCUCAGCCUCUCACAGGCCUGAUUUGCAACCCGACUCUAAAUCAGAGGGGCCUGGGGCUUAUUCUGGUGGUCCCGUCACAAGGAACAAAAAGAGGGAGGCAAGAGUUUCACAGUUCCUCUGACCACUGGUUCCAUGGAAUUUUCGUACACCCACAUAGAUUAUAUAAUCUGUUUCCAAGGCAGCUUCUAGGUUACUGCUUCCCUGAACAUUUCAUCUCUUGAUUCAUCACAUCUCUAUUCCUGUCCGCCCACCUGCUGCCAUUUAUCUACAUUACUCAGUAGCUCAUAGUAAAAGGAACGACCAACAGUGAGGGCCUUACUGGUCAGGAAGAGGGGUUGGGGGUGGGACGGGCCAUGAGCCAGUGUGCAGCACUGCCCCUGGCCCUGCCUCCUGGACAGUCAGUUUUCUUCUUGAUGAAUUUCAACUGUGGAGUAGGGGAUGGGCAGCGACCAGCAACCCCAAUCUGACUUUGGGGCUUUGUCUCCAACCAGCAGGCGAUCCCACGAGCUCCCUCAACUGUCUAUCCCUCACUUUCAUCAUCUGUAAGAUGAGAAGGUUGGAGAUGAUUGCUGAGGCUUCUGUCCCCCAGUUUUGCACUAGACUUUGAGCUUCUUGAGAACAGAGACCAUUGCCUACUCACUGCCGCAGUCCCAGCGCUCUGGUUGGUUAAACCAUCGAAACUGGGUCUGUCUUUAUUCUGCCCUGUAAAGGAACCGUGCUCGCUCCACCAUGGAGGCAGACACUAUGCAGCCACUGAGGGGUAUAUUAGGAAAUGCAGCCUAACGACUUGCUUGUAAGGAAUUGUGGAGAUGGGUUCAUUUUUCAAGCUUGACUUGAUAACUCUGUUUUUGAAGCUUGGCCUGUAAUUUUUGCAGUGUGUCCAGGAACCCACACUAUUUGGAGAGGUUUUACACAGCUGUCAGUGAAACUCUAAGUGAGGAAAUCAAGUUGUUAUGAUAUUGGGUGAUGGUAGAGACAGAGGUGCCACAUGGCCUCUGACUCAGAAGAGCACGACAGUUACCUGCUCCUGGGAAAUUUGCACAGGGUUCCGGAAAACCGUCCAGAGCACUGUGGGGUGGCAAGGAGGUGUGGUCAGGGAGCCUUUGUAGCGGUAGUAUUCGUCAGGCCUCUCAGGAAGCAGCUCUUCAAUGCUAAAACCCGGAAUGAGCACUUCUUGGCCUGGAGAGACAUAUUGGGGAGAUGGUGUCUGCCUUUCUCCCCAUGGCAGAGGUGCUGCUGGGCAUGCGACUGAGCCUAGAAAUGUGAACAGCACCUGCCCCCUGCAUUCAUUUUUCUUCAGGUCACAUGGGGGUGACUGUAUUCUCCCCUCUAGGGGUAGAUAAGCAUCCAAGAACCCCUUACCUUUGUAUUUGACAUCUUGAAGGUGCCUGAAGAUCUUGUCAUAAGAUGGAUUGAAGGAACCCAUCUGCAACAUAGAUGGGGCAGGUUGAACUAGGACAGAAUUAUAUAGGCUGAGCCUGGUGUAACAGUUGCUAAUGGAAGGACUCGACUAGGGGUAUAUAGUCACCACCGCCAAGGUCCUCCCUGAAGGAUUCACUUUACUGGGACAAUUAUGAAGGAUCGCUAGCCUGUUACAGAGUGAGGGUGAUGGUCCUGUCCUCUUGUAUCUCAGGACGCGAGGCACUGAGCCCUCAGGGCACUGGGGCUUGAGCGUCACGAGGCAAAGAAUAUAGCCUGUGCUCCUGGCGAUCAGGCUUUGAGUCUGAAAGCCACAACUAGCAUGUUUUCUAACCAGAACUCAAGGGAGAUGUAGUACGUACAAGCCAAGUCAGGCAAGUAAGCAUGUCGAAAAACGAGGUACUUGUCUUAUUAGGGAAAUACAUGCAAGCGAAUCAGGAAACAUUCCCAUUUGGGGGAUUAAGGAAAGAGCUCACUCCAGGGUCCAUAGAAAGACUGCAACUUGGAUGUUAGGAGUUGUGUAAGGGAUUCGACACCUGAUGAGGCAGCGCUGAAUGAUCCCCACCCCCCAACCCCAUACACACAGGGCCUGCCUCGCUGGACAAUUCCAAGCUUUAUACAAUAGGGCUAGCAACUAGGGCUCAUUUUCUCCAGUCUUCCAAAGGACAUGCCCAUUUCUGCUGCCCAGCUACACAAAGUGCUGCCUCCUGGCCAAAAGACAAGGUCCCCUAUGGGGGCAUACCUCUGGCUCUAGAGGCAAGACACAGCCAAAAUGAGAGUGAGCCACACACAUCCAACGGACAGGCAAUUCAGGGACCAAAUGCCGAGUGUGAUACCAUCCUGGCUUCAAAUUUCAUGUAAAACCCCUUUCAACAUCUCUUACCUCUAUGAGAACAGCUAGGACUGCGAGGCCUUCUGACUUGUUACUGGCGGUGCUGGCGUUGGCAUACAGGUCCGAGUUAUAAUGGACAAUAUGUAGCUGCAGUGGAAGGAAAGCUGCUCACCACGGGUGGGCGACUCAUGGGAACCUUUUGCUUUUGCAGGGGGAGGACACAUAUUUAUCCCUCCGGUGGAAAAAGAAAUCACAGCCCGGCUUUUAUACGGGUUUAAUCAGCCAUAUUUCAAGAGGCCAAAAAAAACAAGGACGUUACUCUCUGAAUGUAGAUUCUUAGCAUUCACAAAAAAAUUCUAAGCUCAUUUUUUAAAGCAGGAAUUACUUGUGAUUAUUAAAGUGAGGGAAAGAGAACAUUCUGAGAAAUCUUGGGUUUCAAAAGUCUAGGUAACUGGGACGCCCAGGUGGCUCAGUCAGUUAAGCGUUCGACUUGAUUUCGGCUAAGGUCUCAUGGUUGUGACAUUGAGCCUCGAGUCCAGCUCUGUACUGAGCGAGGAGCCUGCUUGAGAUUCUUUCUCCCUCUCCCUCUGCGCUCUCCCCCACAACAUUGCAUGCACAUAUGCUCUUUCUCUCUCUCUCUCAAAAAAAAUAAAUAAAUGUCUAGGUAAGCAUUAAGGUAUUGUUAUGAUAAAUUCUGACAAUAGGUUGGACCUAGUUUUUAAUCCAAAAUGUGGUGUCUGUCACUUGUCCUCCAAAAAACUAUAUUAGUAGAUACAUCUAUAUAUGUGACAUGCAUUUUUGUUGAGUCUUUGCCUCUUGAGACUGUGACACGCUGAGAUUUUUUCUUUGUUCAUCUCUUUCUCCGUCUUACAUGGUCAUAAAUGGAAUUCAAGCAGAUUUUACUGAAUACGGCUUAAUGUUCCCCACCUUUCAAGUGGCCCUUUCUAAUUUUCACAAGUGACAUGACAUCAUUUCUUUUUUUAAGUAGUCCUCGCUAUGAAGGAUGUAGCCUGCCGCCUUGCCCCCCACCACGUUAGCUUGGCACAGCCUUGAGAAAUGGGGGAUUCUGUAUGGCUGACACCCUGCAGGUCCUAGAUCCGUAUUUCUUUUUACAGCUGCCCUUUGAGCUUGCGGUCUGCUUCAGCACUUUUCUUACUGUGUUCAGAUUAAACGGAGAGGAACAGAAUUCCCUGCUGAAGAGAUGAAGAGACUCUUCUCUAUAGGACCCAAUCCGGAAGAACUGUGCACUUUCAAGGACCCUCCACAGGGAAUCUGCCACUUUCGGGUCACCUUGAAGUAUUUUCUCUAUUAGAGACAUUUAUGGCCCAUCUUCACCAGGCCCUUGGUGAUGAUGUGGCUUCAUAGCAGAAAAUAUAAUAAUGAGAAAUCCAUUUAAAUGCCCACACUCUCCCAGCCUACACCCUAACUCCUUCUUUAUUCCCCGUGUGUAGGUAGAAGCCUCCACAUUGCAAUUAGCCUGAAAGAAAUUGCAGUCCUGGGGUUUCAGAGAUGGGCCUGGUUUGAAAUGUGUGCCCCUCCAAGAGUGCCGCCCUUUUGGGCCAGAAAUAUAGGCCCUCCACACGUGUAACUCUACCUCUAAUUAGCCUGAGACAUUAAGCAGUUCAGCAGUUAAGAACAGAGGAGAGUGGUCAUGUCAUUAUUUACCUUGGGCUCCACUGGCUGAUCAGUAGCGUUUAUCUCCUUGUAUUUAUUGCCCUGUAAACAGUCAGAGCCACACCCCCAAGUUCUGUCCUCUGGGAGCUCUUAAGUGGAGCAUCUCAAGCACCCCCACCGUACCCCCUGCACACCUAUAGUGCAGGAACAAUGCUCCACUCCUUCCGUUUCCUCUGGGCAUUUUGGGGUAGUGCCUCAGAACGACACAACACCAUGUUGUGCCGACAUCCCAGACUAUCCUCUUUGACUCUCUCAUUGCCGUGAUGUCCCGUGAAUUAUAAUGCCAGUCUUCCCUUGGCUUGUGGCCCUGGGCCCCAAGGUUCCAAGCACAAGCCAUGCCCAGGAAAAGGAAAGCUGGAGUGGGAAAGGCCUGUGCAAACAGCACGGCUUGUGAAGAAAGAUGGAGAAGUUGGGGGAAGCAAUUAGCCCAGUAGGAUUCAGCAGCGAGAUACGAUACGUCCGCGAGACAAGCCGGUGGGAUCCCGAUCUGUGCAGGCAGAAGAGCGAUGCCGACAAAAGGGGCAUGUGUGCCCCACUGUGCCACCCCGGGAGCAUUGCCUUCUGAGCGGUGCCACUCAGUAAAGACAGACAAACUCCGUACGUUCAGGAGGAAGGGGACCAGGACACCGCGGAAGAACCGCGGGGGUAUGGGAGUGGCUCUGCCUUCCCUGAGUGGGUGUGUGGAGCCCGAAGGCAGCCCUUGCUUGCGCUCUGAUCUUCGCUGCACACCAGCCAGGUGGAAGGGUGCCAGACCACCCACCGCCAGGCAGCCUCUGCCGGCCUGCCCGCUCCACUCACCUCAGCAGCAAAGUGCUUCCCACCGACAGUGUGCUCGGAGCCGUGAGGGUCAUUCUGGUUCCCCCAGUGCAGGUGCAGCUGGGCGGCACUGUAGCGGGACCGGAGGCCCUGGAUGUGCAUGUCCGAGGGCAGGUUCAGCCUCACUGUGGGGAGUGGAGCCUUCAGAGCCCUGGCCAGCUGAGCACUGCCUGAGAGCAGUUAGCGAUGCGACACCGGCCCGGGGCCCAGACAGGAGGCAGGUGGAUGCAGUGAGUGGAGACACAGCCUGGGGCUCAGAAACCUGGGCUCUUCUCCUGAAAAUGUCCCCAUUUCCCUAAAGCAAUUCUAGUCGCACCAGCCCCUUCUAAGCUCCCCUGGGAAAAGGAUGGCAAGAGCACUAAUACUAGAUGGGUGGGUGUGUUUUUACAUAUACACGUAUUAAACACCCAGCUAUCAAGAUAGAACCUUUAAUGAAGUAUCUUCCAAGCCGUAGAAUAAUAUAAUAGCAACAAUAAUAAUUGCUAUUUAUGAAGCAUCUUCUGUAUUCCAGAUCCCCAACAUACAUAAUCUCUAGUCUUUCCGCAGUACCCAUCAAUAUGCCCAUUUUCCCCAUGAAAGCUCAAGGAGGUUAAUAUUCUUACCCAGAGUCUCAUGACUCAUAAGUAGUCAAGCCAGGAUUCAAAUCCAGGUUUGUCUGACUCCAAAGCCUGGGCGACCCCACAGUGAGUUGCAUGGCCCCUGGAGUGUUUGCGCCAGGGAGCCCAAGGGCUCAAGCCUGUCCCCCGCCUCCCCCCCCCCCCGCCCCUUCCCAAGAAAUGUGCUUCUUAUGUGAGGCGCUGCCCUGGAAGAACUGCCGCCAGCAUCCCCCCCAGUGAGUGGUCCAGGCAUCUCUCAUCCCUCGCCCCUCCCACCGCCCCUUCUCCUGGGGGCUGUACUUCAGUGCACCCCCCUCCCUGCCAGGCGCAAGAGAGCGGGCCAAGGAGCUGAGGGGAGCUCAGACAUCCCCUUGCAGUCCUCAGAGGUCUCUCUCACCUGAAUGGCCAUCGUUGGUCAGGAGAAACUGCUCGUUGGCAGAAACAUUGUAGCCUUGGAACCCAAGGGGCACAAGGCUGGCGUCGUACUGGAGGAUGUCACUGUGCAGGUCUAUUGGGGACUGCAGCACGCCCCCACAUGAUGGGUACUUCUUGGACCAGCUCUUCUCCCCAUCUGGACC